CCUGAGGUCAUUGAUUCCAACCUUGUACCUUUAAGCUGUAAACAUUUUACAGAUGAGGACCCUGAGUCUCGAGUCCUGUGCCCAGAGUCGUAUCUUGUGAAGCCAGCAUUGGUAGUGUGAAGUCCCGGGGAAGCUGGCCCACUUGAACGUGCCCGAGGAAGGUGCCUCUCCGAAGCCAUGGCGCUCCCCUUUCAAAAGGAGCUGGAGAAAUACAAGAACAUCGAUGAGGACGAGCUUCUUGGCAAGCUCUCAGAAGAGGAACUGAAACAGUUGGAAAAUGUUCUAGAUGACCUAGAUCCCGAGAGUGCAAUGCUACCAGCUGGGUUCCGACAGAAAGACCAGACCCAGAAAGCAGCCACUGGCCCGUUUGACCGAGAGCACCUCCUCAUGUACCUGGAAAAGGAGGCUUUGGAACAGAAGGACAGGGAGGACUUUGUGCCCUUCACAGGAGAAAAGAAAGGGAGAGUGUUUAUCCCCAAAGAAAAGCCAGUAGAAGCUCCUAAAGAAGAGAAAGUGACUCUGGACCCAGAACUAGAGGAAGCCUUGGCCAGCGCCUCUGACUCUGACCUCUACGAUCUUGCAGCUGUCCUUGGAGUCCACAAUUUGCUCAACAAUCCGAAGUUUGAUGAAGAAACGACCAAUGGCAAAGGUCACAAGGGGCCUAUCAGGAACGUUGUCAAGGGUGAAAAAGCCAAACCAGUAUUUGAGGAGCCCCCGAACCCCACAAAUGUGGAAGCAAGUCUGCAGCAGAUGAAGGCCAAUGACCCCAGCCUGCAAGAGGUCAACCUCAACAACAUCAAGAACAUUCCAAUUCCAACCCUGAAGGAAUUUGCGAAGGCCCUGGAGACCAACACCCAUGUGAAGAAGUUCAGCCUGGCUGCAACCCGCAGCAAUGACCCUGUGGCUCUUGCUUUUGCAGACAUGCUGAAAGUCAACAAGACCUUGAAAAGUCUAAACAUAGAAUCCAAUUUUGUCACUGGAACUGGAAUCCUGGCCCUGGUGGAAGCCCUGCGGGAGAAUGACACCUUGACAGAGAUCAAGAUUGACAACCAGAGGCAGCAGCUGGGGACAGCGGUGGAGAUGGAGAUAGCCCAGAUGCUGGAGGAGAACUCAAGGAUCCUCAAGUUCGGGUACCAGUUUACCAAGCAAGGGCCACGGACAAGAGUGGCAGCUGCCAUCACAAAAAAUAAUGACCUGGUUCGCAAGAAGAGAGUUGAAGGAGACCGGAGGUAAACCUCCGCUAACAGAGAUGAAGUCACACCACGCAGCCAUCUGAAAAACGGGCACAAACUCAUCCUCCACGGGACCAUCUUCUCUAAGGCUGUUCGUUUCCGUUAACCAUAUGCAUCAUAAUUUUAACUGUUACUCUUUUUUAGCACUACUUACUUAGGUGAGGUUCUGAAAUGUGUGUAGCGGUUUGACUUGCUCCUGGACACGCCUGGCAGCUUGCACCGAUAGGAUGAUACAGAUGUUAGACAGUGACAGCGCUGGAGAUGAUUUUAACCACUUUCAUAUUGGGUUGUCUUGCUUUCCUCCAUGAACGUGUUUUCAAUCAUGGAAAGGGACUUUAGUGUGUGUUUGUAGCUGAUUACAGUGGAAGCCUAUCUCUGUUUACAUGCAUCACUUUGAGCUAGGCUGAGUACAUGAGAAGUGGGCUGCUGACCACAUAAGAAGUUAGUAUUUGCCAAUCUUCCACAAAUUCUCCGUUAAUUCCAGGAACAUGUCUCUACGUGCGCGUGCCCAGCUGAUUCAUGAACAGUGGGAUCCUUCUUAGAAAGCACUUUAAUACAGCAUUAGCAAAUUAACUGUUUAUUAUCCUAUGGGUAGAUUGAUAAUUCACACGCUUAUCUUUACUAUUAAACAUGAAUUAAACAUAUUUGUGUAGGUGUGUGGUACUGAGGAUUGAACCCAGGACCUUGUGCAUGCUAGGCAAGCACUCUACCCCUGAGCUACAUCUCCAACCCAAAUUAUAUUUAAUAGACAAUUAUUUAUAAAGCCAUUGAAAGCCUUUCCAGGUAUAAUAGAAAAAUUUUAAAUUUCACUAAAAGAAAACUUCAAAAUAUUACAUUCCCAAAUAAAACAAUAACAAUGACAUCUAAUGGGCUAGAGAGAUGGCUCAGCAGUUAAGAGUGCUUGCUACUUUUCUAGAGGACCAGAGUUCAGUUCCCAGCACCUAUGUCAAGCAGCCAACAAUGGCCUAUAACUCCGUCUUCGGGGGAAUCUGAUGCCUCCAGCCUCUGAGGGCAUCCGCACACACAUGUACAUACCCCCCAUACACAUACACUUGAUUAAAAAUAAGUUUAAAAGAUAAUAGCACCUUAAUCAAAGUUUCUGGUACAUAAGAUUGAGUGAAUUUGACAAAAUUUAAAAGCAAUUAAUGCCUCAUCUUUAGCAUGACAGGUUCACAGGAUAAAUUGAGGGCAUUGUACUUGAUUACAUAGAUUUUUUUUGUCAUAUGCAAUUGCUUCUCUGCCUUUUGGUUAAAAUCAAGUGCCACUUUUUAUCACAUGGUCAAUCUAGACAUUUGCAAACAUUAGGUAAAAACGCAUUGU